AUGGAGGCGGGGUUGUCUUUCGAGGAGGUAGUUAAUAAGAUUAAAGAGAAGAACCUCGAGGAUGAUAACCAAUGGACACUGGAUAAGUUUAGGGUUGAGAUGAAGAUGCUCUUCAGCCGGAAGCGAGGCAAUCGCACCAUUUGUGCGUGCGUGAAGGGAAGAAUUAAUGCGGGUUGGGAAGCGGUAGAGGUCACCGACUAUGUGGGGGUCACGUGCUGCAACUGCUGUCAGCUGUUCGGUCAUCCCGAGAAAUACUGCCGGGCGAAGGGCAUGACCUGCGGCAACUGUGGGGAUGACAGGCAUAGGAGCGAGGAGUGCCAGGCGACGUUCUUCAGGUGCGCCACUUGCGUGAAGUACAAGCAGCAGUCGAUGCACAAGACACAAAGAAGCGCCUACCCGGCGUGUCGCGUGGCGCGUCGGGCGACUGAUGCACACUCGCGCGUACUCGUGGCCCGCGGAGCGUGCUCCCGACCGUGGGCCGCGAGAAUCGUAAAACAGCACGCCGAUCCGUGUGGGGCUAGCGAUGAUGAGCCUGCGCGAUCGGGGGGUAGGUCACCCCCGCCGAUCAGGCGCGGAGCACUAGCAAGAACUGCACUGCGCAAGCGAGCGGCAGAGGGAGCGUGGUGUGAGGAAAGGUCUAACGACCAUCAGAGAUGGCACGUGGUUGCUCACGUGCGGCUGGUCAUGCCGAUUCACAACGGUGUUGAGUGGACGUACCAAACAUGGCCGGCUGCGCCUCAAAUGGCAACCCGACCUCCCAGGAUUUUAAAAAGCGCUUUCGAUUCAACAAUAAAUGAGCGCCACCCCGUUCGCCCACAGGGGUCGGGAAGGGGGCGAAUCCGCACCCCUGGCACUCGUGACACGGCUCAAGCGAGCGAAGUCGGCAGUGGCUGGGUGUGUCCGGAGUGUGAGCGAGCGUUCACAACCAAGAUUGGAUUGGGUGUGCAUAAAAGGCGCGCCCAUCCUUUGACGACCAACAUCGACGCUGCCCCUGCGCAGAUCAAGCGGCGGUGGCGAGAAGAGGAGGUGGCCUUGCUGGCGAAGACGGAAGCGCGUCUGGUAAGGGAGGGUGUUCAGUGUACAAACCAACAACUGGCCAAAAUACUGCCCCACUUAGGCACAACGGUGGAGGCCAUCAAAGGCAAGAGGAGGGGGGUCGAAUAUAAGAAGGCGGUCCAGUGGUGGUUGGACACGCAAGAGGAGCAGACCCCCCCAGUAACAACCACAAGGGAAGAACCGGAGCCUAGUAACACUGAGCAUCCAACCGAACCGGGUGCGCCGAUGACGGAACUGGCGGCACCUCUUCGAAGUACGCCCAGAGCUGCGUCUGUGCAGUUACAAUCCACCGAGACCGGUGACGCGGAAGUACUCUCGGAACUGUUUGAGCUGGCCGAGAGGAGAAACGCGAGGUCCGUUACGGUGAGAGGGCGGCGUCGAAGGCAUAGAACAACGGACUUGAGAGUGACCACACUAGCUGGUCUGUCCUCCCGGAAACGGCGCAGGAUGGAGUAUGCUAGGGUGCAGGAGUUGUGGCGGAAGUGCCCUAGUCGCGCAGCUGCCGAAAUCAUCGACGGCCAGAGCCGCGGUGUGAGGCACAGCCUUGAUGAACUGGAAGCCUACUGGCGGCCAAUCAUUGAGACUGUGUCGGACGCCCCGGGCCCCGCUCCGGAAGCUUUGCGUAAAGCGAAGCACUCCGCGCAGCAUGGGGAGCUCGUCGAUGUCGAGCGGCUGAUGAUGCCCUUUUCCGUUGAGGAAGUGAGGGCGUCGCGGGUUGACGGGCGCUCCGCACCUGGUCCGGACGGGAUACUCCCGGGGGACUGGAACUCAAUUCCUGCUGAGACCCAGGCUGCUCUGUUCAAUGCAUGGCUUGCACGAGGCGAGGCCCCGAUGCGACUGAGGCGUAGUCGUACGAUCUUCGUGCCUAAAACAGAUGAGCCCAGUGGCCCUGGGGACUACCGGCCGAUCUCGAUCGCGUCGGUACCCCUAAGGCACAUGCACUCGGCGAUGGCACGUCGAUUGGAAAGCUGCUGCCCCCCUGAUGCACGCCAACGUGGUUUUAUCCGCGUGGACGGCACCCUGGAGAACUCUGGGGUGCUGGACGCUGUGCUGGGGGACUGCAGGAAAAGGCUGCGUGAAUGCCAUGUGGCGGUGCUGGACUUCGCGAAGGCCUUUGACACUCUGUCCCAUAGGGCGCUUGUCGAGGUACUUCGCGGAAGAGGCCUGCCCGAGGCGUUCUGCAGUUACAUUGCGAUCCUGUACAAUACGGCCGAGACUGUCUUGGCUGUGGACGGGGUUUGCAGUGCACCUGUCAGGCUCGGUCAGGGGGUACGCCAAGGAGACCCGUUGUCCCCGCUCCUUUUUAACCUCGCGAUGGACAUUAUACUGUCCUCGCUGCCAAGGGAAGUCGGCUAUAGGCUGGAAAAUGAGCAAGUCUCGGCUCUGGCCUACGCCGACGACCUGGUCCUGCUUGCGGGAUCGGUGGUGGGAAUGCAGUCGUCCAUCGACAGUGUGGUCGAGAGCGAGAGAACGAUGGGACUCUAUGUGAGCCAUGCCAAGAGCUCCGUUCUAUCGAUGGUGCCGGACGGGAAGCGCAAGAAGCUUCAUUACCUCGGUGGCAGAACCUUUAGGUUCGGACGUCGCUGGGUAAGACAAAUGGAUUGUGUUGAACGUUGGCGCUAUCUAGGAGUUGACUUCCAGGCGUCUGGAUGCGUCACGUUAGAGCACGACAUCAAAAGAGCCUUAAACAACAUCUCUAGGGCUCCCCUGAAGCCGCAGCAGCGGCUCGAAAUAGUAAGGGUGCACCUGAUUCCGAGGUUCCUGCACGGUUUCGUGUUGGGAACGAUAACGGAUGACAGGUUGAGGAUGCUCGACGUGCAGAUCCGGAGUGUGGUCCGUCAAUGGCUCAGGCUCCCGAAGGAUGUACCCACUGGGUAUUUCCACGCGGCGACCAAGGACGGAGGCUUAGCGGUCCCAUCUCUGAGGACGUGUGUGCCGGAUCUCAUCGUUAAGAGAUUUGGGCGCAUGGCGUCCUCGGGAUGGUCAGUGGCAAGAGCAGCCGCCAGAUCUGAUAAGAUCCGAAGGAAGCUGCAGUGGGCAAACAAACGUUUGCAGAAACUCACACGGGAAGGUCCGACAGCCGGAGAACGGACAACGGCUAUGUAUUGGCGUGAGGCGCUGUAUGCUUCUAAUGACGGUUCCGAACUUCGGGAAUCGUGGAACACCACCGCGUCCACUAAGUGGAUGCGAGAGCGAAGCGCUGAGAUUUCGGGACGCGAUUACGUGCAAUUUGUGCACUGCCACAUUAACGCGCUCCCAUCUAGGGUACGCAACUCUAGGGGGCGCAGGUGCGAAGGGCUGGAGUUGAACUGCCGCGCAGGUUGCGCGGUCAGGGAGACAACGGCCCAUUGCAUCCAGCAGUGUCACAGAACGCACGGCGGGCGAAUUCUCCGCCACGACAAGGUAGCUGAAGUCGUGAGUUCGGGGAUGGCAGAAGUAGGAUGGACCGUGGUGAGGGAGCCAAGGAUUAAGACAGCUCUCGGCCUUCGCAAGCCGGACAUAAUCGCCGCAAGGGAUGGCGUGGGAGUGAUCGUCGACGUGCAAGUGACACGGACUAGCGGGAGCGACGCUAAGGGAACAGGGGUCGUGUCUUACAGCGACGCCCUUAAACUGAGGAAGGGAGCUGUUCCGAUGCCGAUCCCUAAGCGGCUGGGUCCGGCGGUGGUCAUAUACCCGUCAGAGGAGUCCCGGGAGGAAGUGAAAACGGCCGAGGAAACUAAGAGGCUGCUCAGAUCAGCUGUGGACCCCUCAAAGUUGGGUGUGCAAAUUGAGGGAGUUAGAAAGGUCGGAAACGCAGGUGUGGUCGUCCAGACCACGUCCAGGGAGGCGGCGGAGGUCCUCAAAAAGGCAAUGCCGAAAUCUCUGCGUGUGGGCGAGCCUAGGGAGAGGAGGCCACUGGUGGCGCUCUCCGGAAUGGAGACGGGGCUGCCAUUUGACGCAGUCCUGACCAAAAUAAAGGAACAGAACUUGGAGGAAGAGGCCCAAUGGCCACUUGAGAAACUCAAGGCUGACAUGAAGCUGCUGUUUACCCGGAAGCGAGGUUAUGGUUUGGGGUGCUUGCACCCCAAGCAGUCUCGAUGGGGGAAACCCGGAGUUCGGGGUUCCCCAAGCCUAGCGACGCCUUAG